AUGUCGUUCCCGGCGUCGUACCCAGAAACACCACUCAUACAGCCCGUCCCCCGGAGGCAAGACACUCCUGUAAAUCCCGAUGCGUUUGAGUCGUCUUGGGGUUCUUCGUCGUCCUCAGCAGGCUGUCCAUGCUGCGCCACGCCACCGAUGCCAUAUCCGGCCCCACCGACCAAUAUAAGCCCCAGUAUUGAAUUGGGCUCGGGCUCUUUCGCUGCCCUUGAGGAUCAAUUCUUGCAAACUCUGACGAUUCAGUCGACCAGUCUAUUCCAUGCUCAGGCUGUGGCCGUGGUUCCAAACGACCGGCGAGCCGCAGGUCACUGGCUCCUCGUCGAGCUCCUCUGCCACCGAGCAUUUGCCACAUUCGGCGCUCAGAACAGCAUCCGCAAGUUCAGCACUUUCCAUCAUCAACGCUUUGUCCCGGGUGACACCUUGUUUAUCAUCGUUCGUCGAGUGAACCAAGGGUGGCUGACCUGGCUCGAGGCGGACAUCACCCGCAGCGAUAUGUUGGUUGCUAGUGCAACCGGUCUCUAUGAUGGCCCACUUCUACAACCUGACGACUUACGGCGGGAGCCUGAUGGUCUUGCACAUGGCUUUGGGGGUUUGACAACCUUUUAUGCUCCGGAUCAGAGCCCAAAUGAAACCGUUUAG